CGUCAUCUUCGCGCGACCUUCCGUUCGCCGUGUGUGGUCUUCUGCUUCAGGGUCCGCGUGAUUUUGCGCAGGGUAUCCAGAACCGUCCGGGUUUGGAAGCUGGCGGAGUCGAAUUAAUUGUCAGUGGAGCCGGGGUGUCUCGCGGACCGUUGGGGCCCAGCGAAGACUUAGGGCAGAAUCACUGUAAUUAUUUCUAUUAUCAUUCCAAAUUAUUGGUCCGUGGACAACAGUACAAUUAUAUGAAAUCAUGUCUGGUUAUAAGCCUGUAGCUAUUCAGGCAUAUCCUAUACUUGGAGAAAAAAUCACCCAAGAUACAAUAUACUGGAACAACUAUAAGACCCCUGUCCAGAUUAAGGAGUUUGGUGCAGUGUCAAAAGUAGAUUUUUCUCCUCAGCCUCCAUAUAAUUAUGCGGUCACAGCUUCCUCAAGGAUUCACAUUUAUGGUCGAUAUUCCCAAGAACCUAUAAAAACCUUUUCUCGAUUUAAAGACACAGCAUACUGUGCCACAUUUCGACAGGAUGGUAAAUUGCUUGUGGCUGGCAGUGAAGAUGGUGGAGUUCAGCUUUUUGAUAUAAGUGGGAGGGCUCCCCUCAGGCAGUUUGAGGGCCAUACAAAAGCAGUUCAUACAGUAGAUUUUACGGCUGACAAAUACCAUGUGGUCUCUGGGGCUGAUGACUACACAGUUAAAUUAUGGGAUAUUCCCAACUCCAAAGAAAUUUUAACAUUUAAAGAACAUUCUGAUUAUGUGAGGUGUGGAUGUGCUAGCAAACUUAACUCGGAUCUCUUUAUAACAGGAUCAUAUGAUCAUACUGUGAAGAUGUUUGAUGCACGAACAAAUAAGAGUGUUCUCUCUGUUGAGCAUGGGCAGCCAGUGGAGAGUGUCCUGCUUUUCCCCUCUGGAGGUCUGCUGGUGUCCGCAGGAGGUCGUUAUGUUAAAGUCUGGGACAUGUUAAAAGGAGGACAGUUGCUAGUGUCUUUGAAAAAUCAUCACAAAACUGUAACGUGUUUAUGUCUAAGCAGCUCUGGACAGAGGUUACUUUCUGGCUCACUGGAUAGGAAAGUGAAAGUAUAUAGCACAGCUUCCUACAAAGUAGUCCACAGUUUUGAUUAUGCAGCUUCAAUUUUGAGCCUUGCCCUUGCACAUGAAGAUGAAACAAUAGUUGUUGGGAUGACCAAUGGAAUAGUGAGUGUUAAACAUCGAAAAUCUGAAGUGAAGAAGGAUUCUCUUUCCAGGAGAAGAAGGCCUGCAUAUCGAACCUUUAUUAAAGGGAAAAAUUACAUGAAGCAGCGGGAUGACAUUUUGAUCAACAGGCCAACAAAGAAAUACCUAGAAUUAUAUGACAGAGAUCUGAAACAUUUUCGGAUUUCUAAGGCCCUCGACAGAGUCCUUGAGCCCACUUGUACAAUAAAGACACCUGAGGUUACAGUUUCCAUAAUAAAAGAGCUGAAUCGACGAGGAGUCCUUGCCAAUGCCCUUGCAGGUCGGGAUGAAAAGGAAAUCAGCCACGUUCUUAAUUUUUUGAUAAGGAAUCUUUCUCAGCCGAGAUUUGCCCCUGUUUUGAUCAAUGCUGCUGAAAUAAUUAUUGAUAUAUAUCUUCCUGUGAUUGGUCAGUCCCCUGUAGUGGAUAAAAAGUUUUUGGUACUUCAAGGACUUGUAGAAAAAGAGAUUGAUUACCAAAGAGAACUACUAGAAACCUUGGGGAUGAUGGAUAUGCUUUUUGCUACCAUGAGAAGGAAAGAAAGCACUUCUGUGUUGGAACAUACAUCUGAUGGAUUUCUAGAGAGCAAGAAGAUGGAAUCAUAGUGCUUGCUUAUAGGACAUACAAGAAUUUCUAACUUGGAAUAGAUCUGACUUUAUUAACUAUUGGAAAAAGAAUCCUUUUGAUACAUUUAAAAACAAUUUAUAGAAGCA